CGGGGGACGGCUGUGGGUGUGACGCGGCUGCGGAGCUUCCCCCCCGCCCCCCCUCCUCCUCCCUGGGUUCGGUUGCCGGCUCCGCGGUUUGGGCAACAUGGCGGUGGGCAGAUGGAAAUACUGAUGACUGUCAGAAAAAUCGCCUCGAUUUGUACGAUGGGCGCCAAUGCCUCUGCUUUGGAGAAAGAGAUUGGGCCGGAACAGUUUCCAGUAAAUGAACAUUACUUUGGCUUGGUCAAUUUUGGCAAUACAUGCUAUUGCAAUUCAGUUUUGCAAGCACUUUACUUCUGUCGGCCAUUUCGGGAAAAGGUUUUGGCGUACAAGGUGCAGCCCAGGAAGAAGGAAAAUCUACUCACAUGCCUAUCUGACCUCUUUAAUAGUAUAGCAACGCAGAAAAAGAAAGUUGGUGUGAUACCACCUAAGAAAUUCAUUUCAAGGUUAAGAAAAGAAAAUGAACUAUUUGAUAAUUAUAUGCAACAAGAUGCACACGAGUUUCUGAACUACCUUUUAAACACAAUUGCUGACCUAUUACAAGAGGAAAAGAAACAAGAGAAACAGAAUGGCAAGCUGCAAAACGGCAAUGUGGAAAAUGAGGAAAGUGAUAAAACAGAACCAACCUGGGUGCAUGAAAUAUUUCAAGGAACACUAACAAAUGAAACAAGGUGUCUUAAUUGCGAAACUGUUAGUAGUAAAGAUGAAGAUUUUUUGGAUCUUUCAGUUGAUGUAGAACAAAAUACUUCAAUAACUCAUUGUUUAAGAGGAUUUAGUAACACUGAGACGCUCUGCAGUGAAUAUAAAUACUACUGUGAGCAGUGUCGCAGUAAGCAGGAAGCACAAAAGAGAAUGAGGGUGAAGAAACUUCCAAUGAUUCUUGCUUUGCAUUUGAAAAGAUUCAAGUACAUGGAUCAGCUCCAUAGAUAUACUAAACUCUCUUACAGGGUGGUUUUUCCCCUGGAGUUGAGACUCUUUAACACAUCAGGGGAUGCCACUAAUCCAGACCGAAUGUAUGAUCUUGUAGCUGUGGUUGUUCACUGUGGCAGUGGUCCUAAUCGUGGACAUUAUAUCACCAUUGUAAAGAGCCAUGGUUUCUGGUUGCUCUUUGAUGACGAUAUUGUGGAGAAAAUAGAUGCCCAGGCUAUUGAAGAAUUCUAUGGGUUAACAUCAGACAUCUCCAAAAACUCUGAAUCAGGUUAUAUUCUUUUCUACCAAUCAAGGGACUAAGAAAUUUGAAGUAGGAAUUACUUAUCAUCUUAAAGGAAGCUGGUGCUCAGCAGCAUUUCCCACAGAGGCAGUGGGACAGGAUUUAACUGAAGAGCCGAUGUACUGCAAGGUUUUUUUUUGGUAUGCAAGUUGGUUACGUGAAUGUAUGCUGACAGCAUGAGGCCACGAGAUAUUGGUGUUCCUUACAACAUUCUUCCUGUUACCAUGUACUAUCUUCCAAAAUCAUUGUACUCUAUUGUGGGAAGAAAGAAAAUGACAAAAUUGGUCCAAAUGCUUUUUUGUAAUUUUCAGUGCUAUCAUAUGAUUUGUAAAUUUUUUAUUGUAUUUUACACUGCUGUAAAUUUAGUUGACUAUUUAUGAUUGAUUUAAUGUUU